GUCAUCGAUUUUCCUUCCUUUGCAUCCAUCUGUAUCGAGAAUCGAGUAUAGGAUCGAGUAUCGAGAGUGGAGAAUCGAGAGGUCGUGUAAAGGAAGGCAAAACUACGUGGACCUUACAGUACGACGCUCCUACAUUAACAACAACCACAACAACAUCGAGACUGCAGUCAAACGAAGGAACGAACGAACGAACGACGUUUGGGGCGUCUGCGGGUGGUAAUCGAUACCCGUUGGAAACACGGAACGAACGAAACUAGGAGGGACGUACAAACGAACGAACGAAACAAGGACGAACGAACGAACGUACAGUGAAACUACGAACGAAACAACUAAAGUAACAGAAGAGGGCAAAUCUUCCAAACGACACGGGAUUGGGAUGUCGGAUCAUCACCGUUUUUCUACCACCACCACCGCCUCCCAAUCCUCCAACCCAUUAAACUCCUCCACCAAAUCCUCCUCGUCUUCGACACUCACCCCCUCCUCCCCAAUCGACAAAUUCCCCCCCUCCUCCUCCCUCUGUGACUCGGACUCGGACUCGGACGGAUGGCAGGACAUGCCGAUCGUGCACACUGAUGAGCUUCGAGGGGGGUUGGACGAGGAGGAUCAGCGGAGGUAUCAUUAUCGGGUUAAUGAGGGUGGGAGUGGGGGUAGUGCGAGUGGGGGUGGGGGUAAAGGAGAAGGGAGUGGGAGUGUGGGUGGGGGUGAAGGAGGGAGUAGGGGUGGUGGAAAUGCAACAGGCACGACGUUGGAUACAGACGAAUACGGGUAUAGGUGGAGAUCGAACCCUAUGCAAUCCAACACCUCCUCCUCCUCAUCGACAGAGCAACAUUCAUUCACCACUGAAUCAAACUACACCCGUCUCCGGCACGUCGAAGAAGACUGGGAAGAGUCCGCAUCGGUGGUGGCGACUUCGCGAUAUCUAUUCCACGACCAUUACGCUUUAGAAGAACGCGGGGGGUACGCGAUAGCGGACGAUGAUGGGAAGGCGAUAACUCCUCUAUCGCAAAUGCAGCAGACGAAGGGGUUGUUAUCGGAGAGUCAGCGAAUCGCGUAUGUGGGGUUAUGUGCUGUCGUGAUCCAGGAUAUGAUCCGUGCACUCACCGUCGAGGAGACGACGAAGGUGAAGGUGAAGGUCAAGCAGGGGGAUGGGACGGUGGGGACUGAGGUGAGGGUGGUGCCGAGGAAGGUAAAAGGGAGAGACGGGGUGGAGAGGGGGGUGGUGAAGAAGGAGGUGAGGGGUGCGGUGGGGAGUAUGGAGGUGUGGGCGUUGAAGAUAUUGGGAAGGCUGUAUUAUCAUAUUGGAGUCGAACCACCCGAGCAGAGUAUGAUUCAAUCUCUGUCGAAACAUGGAGUGAGGCCGGAGGAUUUAGUCCCCCCCUUGGUGGAGAUGAAGGAGGUGGUUAACCCCGAAUGGAGUUAUAUCCACGAUUCGAAGAUAAGUGGUGAAGAAGAAGUUCCGAAAUACAUCACACUCGACAUGCGAUACACACUCCUCACCGACCUCUUCCUCAUCCUCAUCGCCGACUCCGUGUACGACUCCCGUUCGCGAUCUCUCCUCUUCCGCGUCGGGUCCCACCUCUCCCUCUCAUGGUGGGACAUCGUCGUCUUCGAAGGCCGCAUCGUCGAAGCCGUCGGCGCAGGCGAAGGCGUCGGGGAAUCCGGAACCUCCGACUCCGACUCCACAGACGGAGGCGGAGGGGGACUCCAAAAAAGCGAAUCCGCCGUCGCAGACCAAGUCCGGCGUCUCCGAAAUCGACGAAUUGCCCUCCUCGGACUCGCCACCCUCGGUGGAGGCCUCGUUAUCGGUCUCAGCGCCGGACUCCUCGCACCCGUCAUCGGCGUUGGUCUCGGAACCGCAUUCAGCACUGUCGGUCUCACCGGUGCAUCUACGUUUCUUGCCGGAUCCGCCGGCGCAGCCGUUAUAACAACUGGAGGGGUAUUGACCGGUGCCGGCAUCGCCUCCAAAGGCAUGAUCCGGCGCACCCAACUCGUGCGUGUCUUCGACGUGCUCCCUGUACACCAAAACCAACGCGUCUCGUGCGUUCUGUGCGUUCCGGGGUUUCUUAACGGUGCUCUCGACGAUCCGAGAUUACCGUUUUCCGUGUUGGACCCGGUGGGGGGGGAUGUGUGUGCGGUGCUUUGGGAGCCGGAGAUGAUUCGGGAGACGGGGGGGGCGUUGGGGAUAUUGACGGGGGAGGUGAUUUCGCAGAUUGGGCAGACGGUGUUGCAGGCGACGGUUAUGGGGGCGUUGAUGACGGCGUUGCAGUGGCCGAUUAUUCUGACGAAACUCGGAUACCUAAUCGACAACCCCUGGUCCAACGCCCUCGACCGCGCACGUGCAGCAGGUCUCGUCCUCGCCUCCGUUCUGCGCUCAAGACAACUCGGGGUGAGACCCAUCACACUCAUCGGGUUCAGUCUCGGCGCACGAGUUAUAUUCUACGCGCUCCUCGAGCUCGCGAAGAGUGGGGGGUAUGGCAUAGUCCAAGACGUCUUCCUCCUCGGCGCCACACUCAGCGUAAACACCUCCCUCUGGGAACAGACCCGCUCCGUCGUAGGCGGGCGAUACGUCAACGCGUAUGCACGCAAUGAUUGGGUGUUGAAUUAUUUGUUUAGGGCGAGUAGUGCGGCGAGUGGAAACGUAAACACCGUCGCAGGCCUCCGCCCCAUCGAGGGCGUGCAGGGGCUGGAGAAUGUCGAUGUUACUGAUAAGGACGUGUUGCUUUUUCUCCUUCUUCUUAUCCUCCUGCUCCUGCACCUCCUCCUCCUCCCUUACUCCCCUCACACUCUCCUUCCCACACUCUCCUUCUCCCCACUCUCCUUCCCACAUUCUCAAUCCCUCUUUCUCAUUCACCUUCCCACACUCACUCCCUCUCACCCAUACACCCAGAUCGCAGGCCACAUGUCCUACCGCGUCUACAUGCCGGUCAUCCUCGAAGAGCUCGGGUUCAAAGUCACAGAAAGGUGGUUCGACGAGGUCGAGGAACCAGAUUUCGAAGGCGACCGCGUCGUCCUUCCCUCCUCCUCCUCCACCUCCACCUCCACAUCCCCCGACUCUACCAACCCCUCCACCAACCCAGACACGGACACCAACCUCUCAUGGUUCGCCCGCCGAAAAGCAAAAGCCGCCGCCCAGAAGGAGAGGGAGCAGAGACGGAAGGAGGCAGAGCAGAAGAGGAGCGUGGCGGGUGUGCAGCGGCCGCCGAGUUAUGCGAGUUGGGUGGGGAGGGGGAAGGGGGAGAAAGAGAAAGGGAAGGGGAAAGAGGAGAAGGGGAAAGAGGAAGGGAAAGGGAAAGGGAAAGGGGAGGGGGAUGAAGAGCUUCCGCCGAGGGAAGAGAGGGACACACCACCUCUACCAACACGUAUGGCUUCGCCUACACCCGUCCUCGGCUCUGAUUCACGUUCCUCCACACCCACUCCAACACCCACUUCAAACUCAAACACCACCUCCUCCUCCUCUGCCACCACCACCUCCUCCCCCUCCACAACACCCCUGGUCGUCCCUCUAAACUCCGACCACAUCGCCUCCCCCCUCCCCAAAACCGCCGGGUUCGAUUUCGCUGCGAUAAAAGCCGAGUUGAGGGAGUUGUCGAAGGGUGUGGAGGGUGUGGACGGGAUUGUUCCUGCUUUCGAAGCACCCCGAGUAAGGGUGGAUAAGGAACAAGGAAUACAAGGAAUACAAGGAAUAGAACAAGAAGAACAAGAAGAAAUCGUAGAAUUCGGCCCCUUAUCAUCAUCAUCGUCUCCACCACCCACACCACCUACACCACCCUCGAAAUCACCCGACGCGGGGUAUUUCUCGUUUCCACCUACGACAUUGAAUACAACGACCUCGAAUACGCCAGGUCUUACAUUCGGGAGUGCGGAUGGGGAGAGGAUUACUGCGAGUAGUGGUGUUGGGUUACCGGAUUCGUAUUUACCUGAUCCGUGGAUGGUUCCAGGAACGGACUCGGAUAUGGGGAGGUCGAGGACGGGGGAUGUGGGGAAUCCGUGGGGAUGAUAUAUCUUGACGAGGUGAGGGUGAGGGUGAGGGUGAGGUGCGGGUGAUAAGGAUGAAUGUGAGGGUAAAUAAUUGCACGACGAG